GCGCCGCGAUGCCACCGGCGGGCGCCAUGGCACGGCGGCUGCUCCACCUGCGCGGCGCCCGCGCCGCCGGCGUGUCCCAGCUCUGCGCCCCUCGCCUCCUCCCCUCGCGCACGUACAUCUCCGACAUGCGCCGCUCCGCCUUCGCCGACCGCCUCCUGCGCUCCAUCCGCUCCGAGAUCUCCUCCUGCCGCGCGGGCCCCGCGCCGGCGCCCCCGCUCUCCUUGCCCUUCGCCGUCGACGACCGCUCGGGCGAGCAGCGGAUCCGACUGCGCCGCGCGUUCGACGAUGAGGAGGAGGAGGUCAGGGUGGACGCCACCAUGGUGGAUGGCGCCACGGCGCCCACCCGCUCGUGGGAGGUCGCCGGACCCGAAGACGGCCGCCAGCUCAGGCUGCACAUCAGUGUCCACGUCGAGGUCACCAAGGCCGCGCGGCCCGACCUGGCCCUCACCUUCGAGUGCUCGGCGUGGCCCGAUGAGCUGGAGGUGGAGAGGGUCUACCCCGUCCGCCGCGGCGGGACGGCGCCGGCGCAGCAGUACAUGGGCCGUCAGUUCAGGGAGUUGGAUGAGGAGAUGCAAAGCGCAGUACAUGAUUACUUGGAGCAUCGAGGAGUGAAUGAUGAGCUUGCAGCGUUCCUGCACUCAUACAUGGAAAAUAAGGAGCAGACAGAACUCGUCCGGUGGCUGAAGAACGUGGAGGGCUACAUCAAGAAACAGGCGAUAUCUGCUAGACACUUGUUGAGACAAGAUUAGCUUUUCUUUCUUUGCACCUGAUGUACCCAAUGCCAUCAGUAACUCUUUUUUUGGGUGUUACAUGGUUGUAAAAUCCAGAAUUGGUUCAAUUUAUAACAGUGCACAUCUCGUUUUCACUUUGACAUAGUGAACUACUUACCUGGUUACCUUCACAAUCAGCACCCAAACAACCAGCUAACAUCAAAAGUUUUAUACUAUACUGUACUUCUCAUCUUGAUAUGUUACAUUAUGAAAGUACAUGUUAAGCGCGAUACAUGAAUGAGUAUUAUGACUGUUCAUGUUGGGGUCAUUAAACAGCU